AUGACUUGGUGCAAUGACUGCAACGAUGUGCAAACAGUUGAAAGAAGCUCACCUCCACCUUGUAAUGCAAGUGUUAUUGCUCAGAGACACAAAGAAUGUUUGAUCAGAAGUUGCCCUUCAUGUGGCCACCAAAUCAAAUGCCAAGACCAGGCAAGAAUUCAUGACUUGCCGGGGCUACCGGCCGGAGUGAAGUUUGAUCCGACCGAUCAAGAGUUGCUUGAGCAUUUGGAGGGGACGGUGAAGUCUGAUACUCAUAAGGUUCACCCUCUAAUCGGUGAAUUCAUCCCUACAAUUGAUGGAGAGAAUGGGAUUUGCUAUACACACCCAGAAAAGUUACCAGGAGUGAGCAAAGAUGGGCUAAUUCGUCACUUCUUUCAUCGACCAUCGAAGGCAUACACAACUGGGACAAGAAAGAGAAGGAAAGUACACACAGACACAGAAGGUGGUGAGACUAGAUGGCAUAAAACAGGCAAGACUAGGCCAGUUCUUGUUGGUGGAAAAGUGAAAGGGUAUAAGAAGAUACUGGUGCUUUAUACCAACUAUGGCAAGCAAAGGAAGCCAGAGAAAACAAAUUGGGUAAUGCAUCAAUACCAUCUUGGAAAUAAUGAAGAGGAGAAAGAUGGAGAGCUUGUGGUUUCGAAAGUUUUCUACCAAACACAACCUAGACAAUGUGGUUCACUCAUCAAGGAUUCUGUUUCUGUUCCUUCAAAACUAAAGGUACAAAGUAGUGGUCAUGAGGGCUCUAACCUUAAGAAUGGCACCACUCUUGUUGAGUACUAUAAUCCUUCUUUUAUAUCCUUUGACCAAAGCGGACAACAUAGAUCAACAAACCCUAACCCUCCUCAACAACUACUUCCCCAUUUUGCAGUUCAUGAUGGAUCUUCUUUCAUCCCUUGA